GCAGACAGCAGCGAGGCGACAGGAUGAUUUUUUCCCCCACGCGCUGCACUGAAUUUUGGCCAUUUAGUACUGAAGCCCCCACGCAGGACGUCAAUCACUCCUUUACUGGACUAAAACAUCGUCAAUCUUCAUGUCCGGCUCAAGUCGUCUCGGUGCACGUUGAAGCUUCUCUGCUUGCUUUAGCUAAGCUUAGCUUAGCUUAUUUUAGCUUUAGCUUUUUAAAAAAAACACACCAAAUAUUUUGGUGCUCAAGAGACGCGUCUGUGAUCAACGCAUCGCUAAGCAGACGUCAAGUGUGAGCGUAAAAGCGUUGUGAUUGUCGUGUCAAAAAUGUGUGCAAGAAGGACAGCGGCGUACGAGGAGGAACUUUGGGGGACGAAAGAGGAAAGCGAGCCACAAGGUCAGCAACUGGGCACCGUUUGCAAAACGCAGCCUCGUGAUGGGCUACUACGCGUAGCAGACACCAGUGAAGACCUUCGUCCUUAUCGGCAGGAGCCAGAGGCCCCUCACAUUAAAGAGGAAGUGGAUGACGAAGACAUCCCCUACAUCAAGGAGGAAGAGGAGCCGCAGGCUCUUUACAUUAAAAAAGAGGAUGAGGAAGAGCCUCCCUACAUCAAAGAGGAAGAGGAGGAAGAGGAUGUCACCAAGUUGCCAUUGACCGAUGUCCCUUUGAAGAGUGAAGCUGAAGAUGAAGGUCAACGUGAGGAGAACAGCGGGGCGGAGCCUCCAAGCAGCAGCUCAAAUCAACACAUGACAAUAGAAAGUGAUGGAGACCACUUUGGAGGAUCACAAGCAGAUGGCCUCAUAGCUCCACUAUCAGAUAGUGAUGACCCAACGUCACAUUCCUCUGACACUGAUGAUGAUGAUGAUGAUGAUGAUGAUGAAGAAGAACAGUCUGAAGGUCAUGUGACAGGUCACACUGACAACAAAUGCUGGAAAUGUCCUCAAUGUGGGACAACUUUCGUCUACAAAUCUCUAUUGAAAAGGCAUAUGUUAAGCCACACUGGAGAGAAACCUUUUUCCUGCUCAGUGUGCAGUAAAAGAUUCACUCGGAAGGGAUACUUAAAAAUACACUCAAGAAAACACACUGGUGAGAAACCUUUUACCUGCUCACUUUGUGGUCAAAGAUUCUCUCAGAAGGGGCACUUGAUGAAACACACAAGGACGCACACUGGGGAGAAACCUUUUGCCUGCUCAGUUUGUGGUCAAAGAUUUACAACAAAUAGGUAUCUAAUAGUACACACAAGAACCCACACUGGUGAGAAACCUUUUGCCUGCUCAAUUUGUGGUCAAAGAUUCUCUGAAAAGGGAACAUUAGGAACACACACAAGAACACACACGGGAGAAAAACCUUUUUCCUGCUCAGUUUGCGGUCAAAGAUUCUCUCAGAAUAGUCACUUAAGAAAUCACACAAGGAUCCACACUGGUGAGAAACCUUUUGCUUGUCUAGUUUGUGGCCAAAGAUUCACUCAGAAGGCACACUUAAAAUGUCAUUCAAGAACACACAUUUGAGAGAAUCUUUUUUCCUGUUCAGUACGUUCUCUCACAGCCAACAUAUUAAGAGACACGAGUGUGUUGGUGAGAACAGCGAUGAUCAGUGAAGGUUUUGCCUUGGCAGUUUAAUUUGA